CCGCAUUUCCUGUUUUAAAGCACAUUUCUAGCAUUAAUAUAUUAUAAUCCCAUUGAAAUUUCUCUCUCUCUCUCUCUGUCUCACUCUCACUUUCUCUCUCUCAAGAUUUAAUCUCCCUUUUUCUGUGGUGCUCAGGAAAAUCUUGUGUUUCCAUGGCGACUAGAAUCGCGACUAGAUACAUCUCUCGCAGGCUAUCUAGCAGUGGCAAAAUCCUCAGUGAGGAGGAGAAGGCUGCAGAAAAUGUCUAUAUCAAGAAAGUGGAACAAGAGAAGUUGGAGAAGCUUGCUCGUAAGGGCCCCAAACCAGAUGAAACUCCCGCAACAAGUUCAGGAGGCUCAGCGUCUGUAGCUGAUGCUAAACCUAGUGGCCAGACCUCUUCAACUCCUAACGUCUCAACUGAUAAAUACAGAAACUAUGCUGUUGUAGCUGGUAUUGCUACUAUUGCUGCUGCUACUGGAUGGUAUCUGAGAUCAAGCAAGACAAAACCUGAAGAAGUGCAGGAUUGAGAUGAAAUUUCAUUGAGCAGAUUGACCAAAUAAAAGUAAACAAACUCCUGUAAAGUCCAUUUCCCCUAAUGGCAUGUUGUUUCAUAACAUGAUUUCUUUUCCUAUCUCCCUCUCCCCUUCUGCACAUUCUGGAAUACCAGGGGUCAGCACCACUUCAUUUGGUGAUGUUCUUUCAUAUGUCCUUUAACAUGUUCAAUUGUUACAUCAUACGCGGUGAUACCUGCAUUUCAUUUUACGAUAUGAUCAUUUCUUUA